UAAUGAUACUCAUAAUAGAGUAAGUUUCGAUUUGUUCCUGAAUUAACUGAACAAACAAAGGAAAUAUUGAUUGAUGACAUGAGUUUGAAAUGGAGGCAAUUUAAAUAUGAACUGAAAUCAAAAGGAUAUGAUGAGAGCAAAAUUAAGGAGGAAAUGGUUGCUCACAUCCCAGAUCCAAGGGUUGAUCCUUCUCAAUAUCGUGAUUUAGUAUAUUAUUGGUGUUCUGAGAAACGACAGGUAUACAUGACAAUUAACAAAAGAAAUCACCCAAAAUAUGAGGACUUGCAUUGCAUGGGAACCAAGAAUCUUCCAAGACGGACUCAUGAGAUGACAACAAAGGCUAAGGGAGUGCAACCUUCUCGGGAUGAACUAAAAAAGAAAAUGAUUGAAGCAGAGAGUUCACAAAAUUUACAAAGCACCCAAGAUUCUACUAAUUGGAAAAAUGAUAUAUAUUUAAAAGUCAAAGGACAUGAAAAAAGAGGACGUGUGCGUUGUCUUGGCAAGCUUCCACAUCAAGCAAGUUCAUCUCAAAGCUCUUAUGCAAACAAUAGAAUUCAAAAGUUGGAGAAUUUGCUUGAAAACCUUGUUGUUGUCCUUAAAGUGCAUUUUGCAGAAGAUCCACAAAUUAAUCAAGUCUUAGAAGCUAUAGAUCAAGAGGAACAUGGUUUAGAUGGUGAAGAUGUGAGAAUGCUUUGA